AGCAAGCGAAGUAGACUAAUGGCUACAGUGAAGGAGAUGGCGGCGGCUUUGAAUCUCUCUGGGACGUUUUUGCACCCACCACCAGUGGACUGCAGAAUGGCCAGCGAGCCAUUCCGAGCCACAUACAUCUGGAGUAGCAUCAUCAAUAACCUUCAGACUAGGGUGGAGGUGAAAAGGAGGCGCCACAACCUCAAGUCCCACAAUGACUGCUUCCUGGGCUCUGAGGCCGUGGAUGUCAUCCUGGAGCACAUUGUCCAGCACAAGUUCUUUGGUGAACUUGAGAUACCCCGGGCUAAAGUGGUACGGGUGUGUCAGAAUCUCAUGGAUUGCAAGGUUUUUGAGCCUGUGGGGACCAAAGUGUUCCGCAAGGAGAAGAGGGCCACGUUUGAGGACAGCAACGUCAGCCUUUACAGGUUUUUGAAUACACAGAACACCUCCACAAACAGUCUUGAAACUGGAAGUGAUACCCCUGGUAUUCAGAGGACCAUUUACAACACACCUUGCAGAAGGCGAGAUGAGCCAAUAUAUGCAAAUUGUACACCUGCCAGAAUAGACAUGUCGUUGGAGCACCUUUUGGGGGACCUGAACGUAAAUCCAACAAAUGCAUUAUCGAAAACAAGAGUGGAUGAAGUGUGGCGGGAGCAGGCAUUGCUACGUCUGCUAAAGCUGAUCGACCUCCCUAUGCUGGACACGUUGUUGGAGGGCUUGGAGAGCCACCAGCCCCCAUUGCACAGCAUGGACAGUGACUUUAACCUGCUGUAUACUAGAAACUACCUGGACAGGGAGGUUCUCAAGGCAUUCAGUGCAUCACAGGAAGACAGAUGGCUCUCUGCUGCUGUAGACUGCCUGGAGUUCCUACCAGACCAGCUGGUGGUGGAGGUGAGCAGUGGCCUGCCCAGCUGGACCGACGACCCCCAGCAGUGCAAACGGCUGCUAUUCAGUGCCCUAACCAAGCACUAUAGCCAGCCCAAGUUUCCACCCCUGCUCACCAACCACAUGUUUGACAUCCACAGUGGCAUCACUGAGCUGAUAGUGAAUGGGAAGCUGGAGCGUGCCUUGGAGGCGCUGCAGCUAUGUCUGAGGCUGCUCCCCCCGCACAACCGGGAGGAACUACGCAGAUUGCUCUGCUUCAUGGCAGUGGCUGCAAAACCCCAGGAGAUUAAACUUCACAAAGAGAUUGAGAACAGAAUGGCAGUGAAAAGGGCAUUUACCAGAGCCAUUGUCCACAGCAAGCAUCUGGCCAAGGGGAAGGUGGACCUUCUGGUUCUGCUGUUGCUAGACAAUCACUCUGAAGUCUUUAAGAUUCCAGGAGCCUUACAUAAGCUGGUCAGUGAUAAACUGGUAUCCAUUUUGCAUGGAAAAGACUCAGAUCUAAUUACAGAUGCUCCCUACUGUCAGCAGCUCCCAAACAAGAGCUACAAAGAAGUUGUUAAAAACACCACAAAGGAAGAGCUGUUGGUCCUGCUCAGGUCAAUCCAUGAGAACCCAAAGCUGUCCUCCAAAGAGAAGAAACGUUUACUUGAGCAGUUUUACAAAGGCCAUCCUGAAAUUUUUGUACAGUAUUUUUGGGACCAGAAUACAAAUCGGCAUGUGUUCCGAGUUUAUAAAGGUCAGAAGUUUUCGCACAUCCUGUUCCAGCCAAUUUCCCCAAGAAACAGAGACGCCGUCUGCAUGUGA